GCUUCGGACUUGAUUAUCACUCCAGCUACAACUUUCAAGGAAAAACCCGACCCCAGUGGUUUGGUAUUUGGUACUGUGUUCACUGAUAAUAUGCUGACAGUUGAAUGGUCCUUGUCUUCAGGAUGGGAGAAACCCUGUAUUAAGCCACUUGAGAACCUUUCAUUGCAUCCAGCGUCCUCUUCUCUGCAUUAUGCUAUAGAAUUGUUUGAAGGAAUGAAGGCUUACCGAGGAGUGGAUGACAAAAUCCGUCUGUUUCGACCGAGCCUCAACAUGGAGAGAAUGGCGCGAUCGGCAAAACGAGCAACUCUGCCAUGUUUUGAUGAGAAUGAGCUGUUAGAGUGCAUCCGGAAGCUUGUGGAAGUGGAAAAGGAGUGGGUCCCGUACUCAACCGCUGCCAGCCUGUAUAUCCGUCCUACUUUAAUUGGAACUGAGCCUUCUCUUGGAGUGAAGAAGCCAACUAAAGCCCUACUCUAUGUCAUACUAAGCCCUGUGGGCCCUUACUUUGCAAGUGGAAGUUUUAAUCCAAUAUCCUUAUGGGCAGAUCCAAAAUAUGUAAGAGCCUGGAAAGGAGGAACAGGGGACUGCAAACUGGGAGGGAAUUAUGGUUCUUCUAUUUAUGCCCAGCGAGAAGCUCUGGAAUUGGGUUGCCAGCAGGUUCUGUGGCUCUAUGGAGAAGAUCAUCAAAUAACUGAAGUUGGAACAAUGAAUCUCUUUCUCUACUGGAUAAAUGAAGAUGGAGAAGAUGAACUGGCAACCCCACCUUUAGAUGGCAUCAUCCUUCCAGGAGUGACAAGACAAAGCAUUUUGGAUCUGGCAUCCAACUGGGGAGAAUUUAAAGUAUCUGAGCGAUACAUCACCAUGAGUGACCUGACAGCUGCCUUGGAAGAGAACAGAGUGAAGGAAAUGUUUGGUGCUGGAACAGCUUGUGUCGUAUGUCCUAUCUCUAAGAUAUUAUAUAAGGGCAAGCAUUUGCACAUUCCAACUAUGGAGAAUGGACCUCAGUUAGCAACUCGUUUCCUGAAUAAGCUGAGUGAUAUCCAGUAUGGAAGAGAAGACAGCAAUUGGGCAGUGCUGGUGUCGUGAAGGUGGAAGAAUUCAGACCCUCCAGAGAGAACCAACAUGAUUAAUGACAACUUAUGUAGUGCCUGUGCGUAGUGUAGUUUCUGUAUCACUUUGCUCCCCGGGAUGAUUGUUUCUACAAUCAGGGGAUUGUGAACACAAUCAUUUUUGAUUUCUACCGUAAUCCUGUUAGUAGAAGCCUAGCUUCUUGGUAGAGGUGCUAGAUGUUAGCAAUAGAACUUCUGUUACGGUUUUCUUAGUGCCUCCUUGUGUCUUAUGUACAGACCAAAAACUUGUUAAAUGCUCUUCAACUGCUCUUCUGUUUGUUUGUUUGUUUGUUUGUUUUUUAACUGCCAUCCUCAGCAAAACAGGUUGCCAUAUAACACAAAGACUUUGCCUGUUCAUUGGGCCCAAGGUUCUAUUGACGUUAUUCUGCCUUUUGCGCUGUGUCCAGGAAAAAAUUAAAUUUAGCCAUGCGCUCUUUCCUUUUGUACUCUGCUUGUAUGGGAGAUUCCUGAAUUUGCAGAGGCCUCCAGAUCCCCUCAUUCAUAGUCUGCCAAAUAACAGCUCUGUCCUUCAGUCCAAAAUGCUCUGCGUGGAUCCGGCCUGUAUUAUGUAUUCUGUUGACCUACUGCCUUUCCCUCCGUGGAGAUGAGCAGUGGCUGCUUGGGCUGGGCAUACGUCUGUAAUUGUUGAAUCCAUCCUCCCGUACGUGCACUUCAGGGCUAGACCACGCCAUGCUCAGGCAAGAAUCAGCCUCUGUUUGGCCCAGCACAGAGCUGGGAACUGCUGAUACAGAGUUGCCUUCUGGGUGAACGCCUAGAAAUGAUAUUAGGCCUCUGCGGCUGUGAAGGUUGAACCAGCCUUUAUUGGACAAAGUAAGAGCAACCAAGCGUUCGGAUUGAGGAUGAAUUGAAAGAAAUUUUCUUCUACAUCCAGCCACCUAAUUUGGAUCAGCAAAAUGUUUUCUCAUCCCUUUCACCACUCAUGAAAUGUAACCAGGCUCUGUGGACCCACGUGUUCCUUAAUAUGGCCUUCCUGUUUAAGGAACAAGCUGCUCCAUCAG